AUGAAGCCCGAUGGGUCGGUUACCACGGAAUUAGAGAAGCAAGUUUCACAAGCGCUGGUUGAUUUGGAAAGUAGUCAGGAUAUUAAGUCUCAGCUUCGUGAACUCUACAUUGUAGGAGAAAUUGAAAUUGGAAACAAGUCAGUGAUUGUUGUAUACGUUCCCGUUCCGCAGCUUAAACAGUUUCACAAAGUGCAAGUGCGGCUCGUUCGUGAGCUUGAGAAGAAGUUUGGAGGAAAACAUGUGCUCUUCCUGGCCAAGGUUUGUUUAUACUCGCAGUUUCACUGA